CACUGCGCAUGCCCUCGGACACAGCGGAUCACUGAUCAUGGAAAGAGCCGAAGAUGUCGGCUCGGUCAUGUGAUCAGCUGUGUUCAAUCACAGCUGAUCACAUGCGACAUGUACACUGAUCAUCAGGGCACUGAUGAUCAGUGUAGCCCCAGCAGUGUCACCUGUCAGUGUAUCAGUGCUUUAUGUCAGUGCUCAUCAGUGCCUCGUGCCAGUGCCUAUCAGUGCUACAUAUCAGUGCCUACCAGUGCACAAUGCCACAUAUCAGUGCCCAUCUGAGCUGCCUUUCAGUGUCACCCAUCAGUGCCAGUCAUUGCCACCUAUCAUUGCCAAUCAGUGCCACAUAUCAGUGCCAGUCAGUGCUGCCUAUCAGUGUGCAUAAGUG